UGUGUAAUUGUGAAAAAUAAAGAAUUAGCCAAAGGUUAGGCUUUUUCAAACCUUUAAGCCUAUUUAAAAAUAUUUAUGAUUAUUGCCCUGUAACCUCCUCCCACUCGGGAUAAACCAUGGGAACUGAAUCACUAUAUCUGCCUAGAGCUAGAGCUAAAUACCAACGACGGCGACAACGACGACGACGACGUAAUCGCCUCGCCUCGCCCGCGUAUUGGUAGUUGAGGAAAACUCGGGGAAAACUGUCAGUCGAAGAGCCAGUUGGUUUGGUGGUUCGGAGCUUAGUGCUACGAGUGAUUUUCGCCGUUUCGCGCGUACAUUUCCCUAGUUUUCGGACGCGUGAUCGUUUCUUCCCAGUAUACACCAUCGCAGCUCAUCUCGUUUUGGGAAAACAGGUCGGCAGUCCACCGUGCUACUACUAAAUUGUAUGUCAUUGUGACUAAAGACAAUCGUUAACUACUGGCUUGUGUAAGCACACCGAACGAGCCGUGUCUCCCCAAUGAGGUGGAUAUCUUUGUGCGAAGGGAAUUAAAUUAAAUACACACCGGAAGAAACUAUCGGGAAAAAGUUUUUUUCUUUCUAUUCCUACAAAACGUCUGCUCAGCUCAGAAAGCUAACCACCCCAACCGACCGACCGACAGACAGUCGGAGAAACCAACGAAUCCGUUCGCAGUCAAGAUAAGCUGUUUUUCCGAACCCAGUUGGUGUUUUCCCGAUCCUCUCCUCCGGUUUCUCCCCGCGCGCGCGUUGGGUUUCGUUUGAUCCACCCGUGCAGCAGCAGUUGACCAACUGGUUCAAGUUUCAUGAAGUGAGAUUGUUCCGAAGAUAUAUCUAGGCAAAAGCUAACGAACCUGCAACGGGAUCCCCAAUACACACCGGCUACACUACACUGCACAGUCAGUCAGAGUAGAGUGCGGAAUAGGAAUUGUGGUGUACUAGUUGUUUCUUUUUACUGUGGUCGUCGUCGUCGUUGGCGUGAGAUUCCUCGCAGGACAGGUUCCGGGAAAAACCGAACCACCGAAGGAGCGCGCAGCAGAAAUGGACGAGAAAACUCUGGGUCGUUGUAAUCGUGAAAAACCACCGUGUAAAUACUUCCACCCUCCACAACAUCUCAAAGAUCAGCUGCUGAUAAACGGACGGAAUCAUCUGGCCCUGAAGAACGCCAUCAUGCAGCAGAUGGGUAUUUCACCUGGACAGCCAGUGCUGCCCGGCCAAGUGCCCGCAGUGAAUGGCGCCACAACGACGGCGGUUGCGACCGCAGGAGUACCUCCGGGGGCGGCGGCCGCCGCACUAGGAUUUACGAUCUCCUGGGGAGGCCACCCGCACCAUCCGGCACCCUACACGACGUACGUCCUGAGCCAUCAUCACACCAACAACGGCAGCAGUUGCGUCCCGGCCAUAAUGAAUGGUAUCCCGAGCCCAAUCAGCAAUGGUUGCCCCAGCCAGAGUAGCGGCAGCACCAAUAACAACAACAACAGCCAUCAUCACACCAGCAACACCACCUGUAACACCUCCCCCAACCAUAAUAAUAACAACAACAACAACAACCACAUCAGUACCAAUAACAACAACAGCCAAGGCGGCGCCUGCAAAGCAACCAAUCCCUACCUGGCCAGUAUGCCCACGAGCACGUACAGCCCGUACUUCCCGCCCGGUCACCUGAUGCCGACCCUGUUAGGCCCUGCGGAUCCCUCGGCCGUAUCGCAGGUGGGACCCGUCGUACAGCAAACCCUGGUGCCGGCCACCCAGCAGAAGAUUCCCCGCUCCGACAGGCUCGAGGUAUGUCGCGAAUUCAUGCGCGGUGCCUGCAAGCGAGCGGAGUCCGAGUGCCGUUUUGCACAUCCGCAGGACAGCGUUACAACACACGAAGACGGUUCUGUCACGGUGUGCAUGGAUGCCGUGAAGGGUAGAUGCGCUCGUGAACCUUGUCGCUACUUCCAUCCUCCUUUGCACCUGCAGGCUCAAAUAAAAGCAGCGCAGUCACGCGCAACCGCGACUGCACCUGUAUCCGCUGCGGCUGCUGUUGCCGCUGCUGCCGCUGCCGCCGCCGCUACCAUGGGCACCCUGCCGCCGCCACCGCCGCCAGCCGCCGGGGCUGCUGUCAGCUCGACGCCAUUGCCACUUGGCCAGUCUCCCCUGGAGGCUGGUAAAAAGCGUGCAGCCGAUAGUGACAUGAUACAAAUGAUGGACAUGAAAACGAUGGGAUCUUUUUACUAUGAAAACUUUGCUUUCCCCGGAAUGGUCCCAUACAAACGAACCGCCGCUGACAAGUCCGGAAUCCCGGUUUACCAACCUGGUGCAACGACCUACCAGCAACUAAUGCAGCUUCAGCAGCCAUUCGUGCCAGUGUCAUCUUCGUCUACGAUACCCCUGAAUGCUCCCUACGUUAUCUACACCGAUGCCAAUGGACAGUCUGUCUUUCUUGUCCACCCGUUACAGUUACUGGACACCCUCCCGGUGUGCCAAGAUUUUAAUAGAUCGAUGUGCACGCGCCCGACCUGUAGAUUCGUACAUCUAAUGGAGUGUGAUAAAGUAGAAGUAUGUGAUCAACGCGUGGCGGUCUGUCGUGAUCAUGCGAAGGGUAUGUGUAAGCGCAAGCAAUGUAAAUACUACCACAUACCGAUUGUACUGCCACCAGCGAACGUGAUGGCCGCCACAGCAAAAAUAGCAGAGUAGAAUAAAUAACAACCAGCAGAAGCAACAGCAGCAGCAACAACAACAGCGAAAACCUACCAAUAACCAAUUCUUCUAAAAGAUCAACCCAGACAAACGCCCCCGCCCAAUCCGAAAUAAUUGGUGUAAAAUUGCAGAGAUCAUCGGUGUUCGGUGUUGGAAGUCGAGUUGUCAAAACAGAAAACUAGAUUUCAAACCAGCAACAGUGAAAGCGAGAACAAUAAGAACAACCAUCAACAUAGCAGCAACAGCAACUACUACUACAACAAUCCCAGCAACAGAACAGAAAAGAGUGAGCCACUUCAAGCAGUGCAUUGCAUACCAACCUCUAACCGAUUUUGUGCUCUACUAUUGCGUGUGUGUAAUGAAAAGUAAUUUGUUUAUUGUUUUGUUCGUUAUCGAUGAAUUGAGUGAUGCGAUUUUCUUCUAUAGAACUGUACGCGUGCUGUAUACAAGUUUUGUAUGUUGUAAUCGGAAGUUUCUAUUUGUCUCGAAUUUAUAAUUGAUUCGUAAAAUAUUAAUGAAAACGCGAUAAAGAAUCUGUAUUAUGUCAGUGUAUUUUUGUAUAUUUUUUGUAUUUAGCGAAUAUGUUAUAUAUCUGAAUAUUUUUCCUUAUUUACAGUGCAUCUUAUUAUAAGUUAUGUUAACGUCAAACGGGAUAAAUUUUAGGAUAAUUAUUUACGCAUGACGAAGCGUUAUUGAUUCAAAAAUAAACAUCAAAUGUAUAAUCCAACGGUUGCAUUGAAAUACUUAUAAGUUCAAAAUAACACCACAAGUUCUAUAAAUAUACAUUUUCUAUGGGAAAUUAGGAUGCUAAAGCAUAUUGAAUUUUGUACUAAGUCAACCAAAAAAAAACUAAUAAUUCCGUACUGAAAGAGCCUAUACAAAUUUAUUGACGCUAUUCUACACACAAACACCCUUUGAUUUACACUAUCUAAAACAUACAAAAUAAACGAAAACCAACAAUAAUCUAGACCCCUAACGAGUCACAAGCGAUAUACAACAAACAAACUCUAAAAAAGUAAACUACUCAACUAUGACUUUUUACCUUAUUUACUGACCGGGAAAGAACUGCAAAAUAUCUACCAUUUAUAUUCGAGUUUAUACACACUCACACAAAGGCAACAACCUUAAAAACUCACACGUUCACGUUGGAAACGCAAACUCACACUCACGUUGAUUCUCUGUAACAUAAUAUCACACUAAAAACCAUUUGACAACUCCUAUAUACCGAUACUGACACACUUACACAUCCAAACGAUGGCACACACACCCACUCACACUCAAAACACUCUAUUGAUUGCUGGUAACUCAAUGGUACCAGCAGUAGCCGCAACAGCAGCAGCAGCACACAAACACAACUAUUGAAUGAUAAAUCACGUCCUAUUGGAGCAACGAUAACGAGAAUAGUUUAUAUGUUUAUAUUAUAUAUCAAAAUGUGGUUAGACUACGGUUAAAUAGAAUGAACAGAACAGAAAUUCGAAACGGAAAAGAAUUAUGAUGAUACCUCUCUAUUUUUUUGUAACUUUAUUUUCUCUCCCAGAAACGAUUUAUAAAUGUUGCGUUCUAAUUGUUAUUUUUUUUGUUUUACUUUGUUUUAUUUGUGAGUAAAGUUCUCUUAUUGUUUAAGUAUACGUUUUCUCUCUUAGAAUGUUUUAGGAGUAGAACACACACACAAAUCCACACUCAUAAACACACUAAAUCAAAAAAGUAUUCCUAUUACAAUCUCGUAUGUUUAAGUGCUAAAACCAGAGUGAUUUUCAGCUGACACAUCUACAGUUUACAUCAGCUGAAGACUAGUUUUCAUUACUCAAACAAUAUUGUUGAAUUGAUUCUCCUCUUUGCUCGUUUAUUUCUCGUAAAAACCAAAACACAAACGAUUUCAAAUUACGUUCAAAACAUUGAAAAUGUUUUGUCCACCAAGAUGGCAAAGAUCCACGAUCCUCCCCUCCUCGGAAGGUGGGAUUUAAUCGUUUUAAAAUAACACAAACUUAAGUAACGUUUAGACAACGGGGGAGAAGGUAAAUUUAAACGAAAAAAAAAGUUUAAGAUUAAGGCAAGGAGAGUAAUCAACUAACUAUGCUGAGAGAUAAUGGAAAGAAUCGCAGGAAAUAGACCAUGGCUUGCUUUUUGCAGCGGGAUCGGAUCCCAUCAGUAGUCACGAAGGUACCCAUUUGUGCGACGCUUGAAGGGUAUGCUUUCAGUUUUUUGUUUGUUCUAAUAAUGCAUAAUUGUGAUAUGGAAACGAUUUUGUUUGUUCCUGAUGAUUUAGAUACAUACGUUCAUUUUUUACUUGCAAGUUGCAACACAACUUAUCAUCCCAAUCGCUUUGGUCAGACUUCAGACAGAAAAUCUGACGCUGCUUCUUAUGGGUGGUGUUCGGUGGUUGAUCAACAGAAGGGAAUUUUAAUACAAUUUCAGAACAUAAAUUUGAUGAUCAAUGUUUAAUAACAUUGGACUCGGAAUAUUUUGUAAACGAUUUCGGUUUUGAUGCUUGUCUACCAAUUAAUCAAAGAAGAGAACUCAUUUGGCACUCAUCAAAAACCUUUUGGAUGAGAGCCACAGCUUGGUUUCUGAAUAAGACAAACUCAAUCAAUGAGUAGAAAUCAAAAACAUUUCCUCACAGGUCAACCACCAAUCAUUCAUCAAAAUCCGCACGCUAAACUGAGCUCUCAUUUUUUUUUUUGUCCAAAGAUCUCCGCUUCGCUUGGCAACAGAAACCCGCUACGGAAUCAUGCAACAAUAGCACCUCGUCCGAGAGACAGACAGAUUAACUGCUAGGGAAAUGGAAACUCAUGCAUCAGCGCAUACAUGCAUGAGAUAUCAAAUGCGCAUAAUACCACACUAUAGAAAAGCGAACCAAAUAUGAUUUGUCAAGACUGAAGCAGGGGACGAUUUUCUGAAAAUCCAACUCUGAAAACCUAUAGUUCAUUUCACAAAGCGAAAGAGAGAGAAUGAGAGAGAGAGAAGACAAAGGGGUAAUCCAGUACGCUGGAGCACCACAAGGUGAGAGACGGUUACGCAUCAGUGGUUAUACCGAAGAUAGAAAGAGAGAAACUGUAUUAGUGAGAGAUCGAGGGGCGAUUGCCGUCGUAACCCAUUUCUGUGUUCCGCUCCGAUCGUACUUCGUACACUUUGUGCACAUAUCUUCUUCAAAUCCCGCGGAAACAGUGAGUAACUACUGUUCACACUGAUUCCGAAUAUCAUCACAGCACUGACUGAUGAGAAGUAUUCUAUCGAGAUAGCUGUGUCCCAUACCGUUCAGAUUCAUAAACCUAUGUUACUUUGGUUCGAAAGCCGUGACUGCCAUGUUUGAACGGGGAAACAAUGGCACCGUUUGUUGGGAGAAAAUCCUUGAUGAAGUGAUCGUUCAAAAAGCAACAACCACAAACGAAUGAUCGCGUGGUUGAAAAGAUAUGGAAAAGGCAAAAGGAAACAACUCAACGCAAAACAGAAGAUAAAAUAUUUUUUAGAUAGCUAGGAGACACAUUUACAUAUAUAUUAUCAUUAACUCUAAACCAAUUGAAUCCGAUUGAUGGGAAAACACUUGGGAGAUGCGAAAAAACACAAUGAAAUUGUACUUUAAGCAAAAAACAAAGAAUCGAAAAGGGAAUCGAAUGCUACCGAAUGUUCAAACCGACGGCGAUUGGAAUCGAACUGGAAACUUCGGGGUGAAAAGCGAAUGUUUUAGGAGGUUGAUUAUUACUAGAUUGAAAAUUGAUUUCUGUUUAUUUUUUCAAAAUCUCGAAAUGAUUGCUUAAUAAUAAAACUAUCAAGUUCGUUUAUGUUUCGGUCUCAAACAAAUAGUUUGAUUCUUACAAAAAAACUAACUGUGUCACUCAUUGCCAUUGCUCGGACGGUGACGAUAAGAUGAGUGAACUUCAGUAACAGCACAGACAAACAGACGUAACACUUGCGAAAUUUCAAUCGACCACGCUUUCGACGAUCAUUUUAAAUUUUCAUAGUUGUGACUUUCACAACCAGAGGCGCGCGCAUCAUUUUUCUAUGCGUUUGACGUUUCACACUAGCGCCUUCUGUUGACGAACUUCUCCACCAGGUGAUGGUGGUGUAAACUGGACGAUGGAUUUCCAUGAAAAUCGUUCAAGAUGUUACGUCUGUUUGUCUGUGGUAACAGUGUUCCGAGCUUCAGCAUCCCUCUGACUGACAAUGUAAUUGAAAAGCAUUGAAAGUGCUCUUUUUCUCACUCAGUUUUUUUUUAUAAAUACGAGAAAGAGCGGGAUGAAUGAGGAAGCUCGUGUCCCCUUUCUUAUCCUAGACUUUCUCUUAUUUGUUUGGGAGAGUGAGCAAGAAAAAAAUGUCAACGCUUGAGCAUGAGUAACCCAUGCCAUAGGUGAGUGCCGCAAAUUAUUUUGACGUUUAUGAGUAGAAAACAGUGACACAGCAACCUCAUACUUUCGCAUUGAAUUGCAUUGAAGAUAAAACUUAAGCAAAUACUAGAUUGAUUAACCUGAUGUAAGAAAGUCCUUUAUCUUGUGGUAGAUGACUGUCCGGUGAAUUCAACCGGUAACUCGGUUCAAGGGUAUAGAGAGAAUCUACACAUUGAAUGAGUGAGCAGGAGAUUCAUUUGCUACCUACUCUAAAUCCUCCUUUUCGCCGUUCAUUGCCUUGCCAGAUAUCUAACGGCUAAGAUACAAAUGAAUACCGUAAAUUUUGAUGCAUCUUUGAUAAUAUGAUCGGCUGAUUGUGAAAUUUUUCAUUCUGAAUAAAAUUUAACGAGCAAUGUUGAAAGGAAACAGUUAUUGAGGUAGUGAAAUAAUGCUUCAUUGUUCUGUUAACACAUCACCAAGAAAAUCAACAUGUUCCCUUAUUUCGUAUGUUGUUCGAAGUAUUUCCAAUUUUGUCCAUUUUAAAUGAUAAACAGCAAACACUGUGAUAAUACAAAGCAUAAAAAGCUGAAAUGGAUAAUUUUUAUUGUCUUACGACUAUGUUUUCUAAAAACAGGAUUUCCUCUAACAUUUAUUUGACCCUUUUUCCAGUUCUAUUCUUCUCGGCAAAAAAAAUAACACUGACAGCUCGUGGAAUCUUUCCAAGCAGGUGUCACAUCAUUCGGUUUGUCUAGUCAACACCAAGUGAAUCAAUUUAGAUCGUCGCCAUUAUCUGCAUAACCCAUGUUACGUUUCAUAGAAUACGAAUCUCACAAAGUUUACUUUUCAAAAUUGUUCUCAACGCGAAAUACUCAUCUUUCGGUACAAUCAAUUAGGACAACACACUACCACUUUCAAAGCAAAUACUCCGCUUUCGGUUGCUCGACCCCGUUUAUUUAAACGAGUUCACCCGUUUGUGUGUUAUAACUUAAAUAACGUUUAGUUCCUUAUUAGUUGUGACAUUCAAAUCGAACGCAAAAUCUCUUGAAAAAUGUUCCUGAAUAUAAAUGGACACCAUCUAUUGUGUCGAGUGCCCUAAAGAAUUAAAACUACCCGAAACUGAUAGGGUUAGAUGAAUAAACAAUAACAAUAAACCAUUUUAUGACAUAUUUUUCACCCCACAAUACCUUGCCGUCAUUCAAACCCACAUUCACUCACACAAACAGCAGAGAUAAAGAAAAUCUUACCAUGCACAUACACACAUACCUACUGUCCACACAUUGAAACACAGCUCCAACAGUUACGUGACCGGGAAAAAAAAACAAUAAUAAACAGAAAACUGCAAUGCGUUUGACAGCACCGUCAACAUUUAUGGCAUCCCAAGAUUUUUAUGGCAACUGUCAACAUAGGAGGCACAUUGACACAGCAAAGUUAUAUUAUUUGUAAAAAAAAUGGGAAACCGUAGCAAGGAUAAAAGUGAAACAAACAAAUAUUCUAAUUGAAGUAAUGAAAAAUAAACAAAAACUAAAUUACACAUAAAUAAUCUAUAAGAUUUUUAGUAAUAAAAUAUUAUUGAAAACUUUACUCAAAAUACUUUAACAUAUUGUAUGAAUAAAAAUCACUAUUAUCAUUAUUGAUAAUGAACACACACAUACACAUAAAGAAAAACAAAACACACGGAAAGUAUUUCAGUUUACUUAUUAACUAGUAAACCUUUACAACAAGUGAAUGAAGAAAAAACUCCAUCGUGAACCUAUAGUUGAUCGAAUAGUGAAUCCUUAAUGAAAAAGCAGAAAAUUACAAGAUACCUUAACAAAAUAAAAUCGGCAAAAGAGACAACCGAGAAAAAUAAGUAAAACACAAACCUUUCAGAGUAGCGAAAAAAAUCAGUGACCUCAGUGUUCGAGGAACGAAAGCAGUAGAAUAGCAUUGCUCUAGUACAGCAAAACUUUCCCGCAGAAGACAACAAACCGAGAACAAAAGCAAACAAAAAAAACCCAAGAGUGACCGACCGAACAGCAAAAAUCGGCACUAACCGAAGCAAACAAGCAGAGUAAAGCGAGCAAGAGUAAAACAAGAAAAAAAAUAAAUAGGAACUCACGCAAAAGUGAUUCGGCCCGCCUCCCGGAAGUGAGUGGGUUGUGAGUGCUCUGCCCCAUUGGGUGAGACCCUCCAACCCACCCCACUGACCGCGUGCGGCACCCGAAUCACUCGCGUGCAUUCAUCACUGCGUCUGUGAUAGUUCUAAAGAAAAUUUUAACGUACUAGAUCAAGUCUAUGGAAUUAAGGUGCGCGUUGUGCAUAAGAGAUAACAAAAAAAUGGAUAUUCGCAAGUAAGCAAAAAAAUGUAGCAAGAAUGAAAAUCAAAAAAAUCAAAAGCAAGCAAAACAAGGCCCGAGCGUAUGAACUCGUUGUCGGUGCCCCCGCCCCCGCAUAUAUGGCGACCGGAGGAUCUUUUUUCGAUCCACUCUUCCCCCGAGGCGUUUCCUGGUCGCCAGAGCUCGUGAUCCCCGAUUUCGAAUUGGGUUCGGGCAGAAAAUAUGAAAAACAAGUUUUGUCCCGCGCUCACAGAUGGAAGAAUCUGGAUCACAGAGCAGAGUGAAGAAAAACAUCUAAUUAAAAAUAAUAAAAUAAUGUUAAACGAUAAAUUGUUGUUGAUAAAAAUAAAUAAAAAACAUCACUUUUAUUAUUAAAAAAAAAACUUGAGGGAAAACCUAUGAUUAGUUGUGUAGCAAUUCUUUAAUAAAGGGAUUAAAAUACAAUAUGAAAUUAAAUUUAAAUGAACACAUGAGAAAAGUAUCUAAAUUAACGUAAGGAAAUGAGAAAAAAAAACUAGUGUUUUCGAGAAACCGAAGCAAAAAAAAUAUGAAAGUAAAAUAUUACAAAAUUAUACAUAUGUUCCAUUUUUUAAAUAUAUUAAAACUAUGUGAGAAAAAAAAGUAACACUAAAAAGUGGGAAAACAAAACUGAUCAAUCAUUGUGGUGAAAUCUAUUUUUCUUCAGUUCAUCUGCAACCAAUACAAAAACAAAACAAAAAAACGGAAAGGAAAUAUAAGUAAAUAAACGGUGAAAAGUGGAAACAAGUAAUAAUGAAUAUUAAUAAUAUUGAAGUACAACCACUUUUAUUUUUCAACAAGGCAACAAAAAAAAACAAAACAUACACACUUACACCUACUCACGCGAAUGGAAGAAUGAAUACACAAAAAAACUGGAAGAAAGAUAAAACUGAUUUAUGUACUAAAAUUAUUUUCAAAAUAAAACAUUUCAAUUCAAAUUUAAAAAA